CAUACAUGCACAUUCCCAAACGGUAAAGCCAUGCUCACAAAGCAACACGAAGUAUUCUCCAUUCUCUCAUCAUUCAAUCAAUUACCUGAACAAAAUGACUACACCAGCCGGAAUUGAUGCUGCUAUUCGUGCAACAAGUUCGGAUGAGAUCCCAUUCGCUUUGAUCGAACAAGGCUUUGAAGCAUUUCCCAAGCCAGCCGGAAAGAAGUUUGAAUAUGGUACAACGGGAAUUCGUACAAAAGGUGAUACAUUGGAAAGUACAUGUUAUCGUCUUGCAAUUAUUGGUGCUUUACGUAGUAAGAGCUUAAAUGGAAAGCUAAUCGGCUUAAUGGUUACUGCAAGUCAUAAUCCUGAACCUGAUAAUGGAAUCAAACCAAUCGAUUCAAGAGGUGAAAUGUUGGACGUAACUUGGGAACCAUACUGUACUGCAGCAUGCAAUGCUGUUGACGCUCAAGAAUUCUUUGGAAUCUUGAAAAAGCUCAUUCAUGCUUACAAGAUCGACUUGAAAACUCCAGCAAAAGUCAUUUACGGACAUGAUACAAGACCAUCUUCACCCAUGCUCAUCAAAGCAGUAGCUUCCGGUUUAGCAGCAAUGGGUGCUCAAACAAUCGAUGCAGGCCUAAAGACAACACCACAGUUGCACUACCUUGUUCAUGCUCACAACACAGCCGGAACAGAAGAAGCAUAUGGAGAGCCAACCGAAGAAGGUUACUACAAAAAGCUUGCAGAUGCAUUCUUGAAAUUGGUAGAGGGUAAGCCAGCAACGAGCAAAUUGACCGUGGACUGUGCAAACGGUGUCGGUGCUCAUGCUUUGCUCAAUAUCCAAAAGUACAUUCCCUCAUCUGCUUUAGAGAUCAGAGCAUUACGAACUGCUAUUGGCACAAAAGGAGCUUUGAACGAUGGCUGUGGUGCUGAUUACGUUAAAAUUGGACAGAAACUACCAAAAGAUAUCGAAAAGGAUGGAGUUCAACAAGGUGAUAGAAUGUGCUCUUUCGAUGGAGAUGCAGACCGAAUCGUCUUCUACUACCUACGUGGCAACCCUGCACAAAAAGAUAGCUUCCGUUUGUUAGACGGCGACAAGAUUGCCGCCUUGGCAACGGACUACAUUAGCGAGUUGGCCAAGAAAGCAGGCAUCGAAUUGAAUGUUGGAUGUGUCCAGACUGCAUAUGCCAACGGAAGCUCCACAAAGUACCUUGAACAACGGGUACCAGUCACAUGCACGCCUACAGGUGUCAAGCAUCUUCAUCGUGCUGCCGAACAUUAUGAUGUCGGUGUUUACUUCGAAGCAAACGGUCACGGAACAGUCUUGUUCUCUCCUGACGCUCUCAAACUUCUAAGCGAAGCCAAGCCAACCACACCAGCCGCAGAAGAUGCUUUAAUCCAACUAAGAAAUUUGGUCGAUGUGAUCAAUCAAACGGUUGGUGAUGCAAUCAGUGAUAUGUUAUUAGUGGAAGUGAUCCUAAGAUCAAGACAAUGGGAUUGCGAAGAAUGGGAUGCCUUGUACGAAGAAUUGCCAAACAAGAUGCUCAAAGUGAUCGUUAAAGAUCGUGCUGCAUUCACAACAGAAGAUGCAGAAAGAAGAUUGGUUACCCCCACUGGAUUACAAGCAAAGAUUGAUGAAGUUGUGGCCAAGUACAAAGACGCUCGUUCAUUCGUCCGUCCAAGUGGAACGGAAGAUUGUGUUCGAGUUUAUGCUGAAACAGGAUUGGCCGCCGAAUUAGAUAGUCUUGCCAAUAAUGUCGCCAAAUUGGUACAAGAAGCAAGCGAUGCUUAAAUGUAAGAGAGAAAAUUUAAUGUAGAUAUACUUAAACUCAAGCGGACCUGACUGAGUGUACGUGUGUGUGCAAAUGGUACAUUUCAUACGACCUAAUGAUGCAUAUGUAGAGAGAU